AUGGCCAGUAAGGGAAAGGAAAUACAGGCUUUGAAUAUGGUGUACCUACCGUCAGUGUCAUCGCGGUCGUUAUUGUCGACUCAUCAGAGCCCCAUCGCUAUCGAUGAUGUCGAGUCCUCCCCCAGCUCCCUCGUCCCCAUCAAAUCGACUGUUAGCAACUCCCAUACUCCUCAGAGCAUCGAAGCAGCCAUACAAGUUGAGGAGAAUGUGGUUGCGAAGGAGACGAAGGCAAAACCACCCUCGAGCGUCACCGCACCUGGCAAACCCAUGUCUACCACGACUGGCGCCAAACCGAAGUCCACCAGGCCCACUUUCCCUCGCUCCCGCUCGCCUGCUCCUCCAGCUCUUUCUAUCCACCCACCCUUCCAAACAAUUCAUUUAGAUAUACCGCUUGGUGGUCCGGAAGAUUAUGAGGUCGACAUUGCCUCGCUCUCUAAUGUCACAGGCCAGCGCCCACCAACACCUGUAAUUGUUCUCAAGGGAGAUAUCAGUGAUGAUAGCCACAGUGAGGGCGACGAUGAGGGCGAUGGCAAAUCUGAGAAAAGGAAGUGGAGAAAGAGGAAGAACCUCUCAUCUGAGUACUACGACACCACCGACCCCUUCAUUGAUGACUCCGAGCUGGCUCAAGAUGAGCACAAGUUCUUUGUGCAGAUGAAACAGAAGGGCUUCUACGUAUCAAGCGGGCAAGUUGUGCUGCUGAAUAAGACGCCAACCAAGAAGCCAAAGUCCAAGAAGUUGAACAUUCUCGCCCCUGCUGCCUCCGUCACUGCUGCACUGUCUUCUGGGCCUCUACCUCCAUCCCUUGCAGGCCCACUGUUGAUCCCGUCACAGCCAAGCACCUCCAAAGUAUCCUCACCGAAGAAGAAGGAGCACAACACAUGGGAGGAGCCUAUAGCGCUCUUGUCGGAUACGGAAGAGGAGCGCUCCGGCUCGAAGCAGGGUAGUUCGAAGAAGAGGUGGAAGACCGUCGAGAUCCAACCGUUCCACCCCGAGCUAGAGGAGAUGUUUGUUGCAAUGAAGGCAGCGAUUGCCAAAGAGAACUGGGAAGUAAAGGGGAAAUUCCCGCCAUCACUUAAACCCAUGCUCGCCCAAAUCUCUCUGAAGGUGGUCAUCCUGGGCGAGUACGACGAUAACUUCUUCAAUAUCAUGCCUCAGCUCUUUCCAUAUAAUAAGUUCACCAUAACGAAACUUAUCAAACAGACAAUAUGGCAACCCAGCAUCCAGUCUGAGGUGCAGGCUGCAUUCAUUGAUGCAGCUGCACUUGGGAACGUCAUUGGGAUGAUCAUAAGUGCUGCCCUUAUGAUGUAUGCAUCAUGA